AUGUCCGACAGAAAAAAGCGCAAAUACAAUGAUGAUUACCGAAUUUUUAACGAAAAAUGGUCAAUAAGUUACUUUUUCAUUGAAAUUAAUAGAAAAGCUGUUUGCCUUGUGUGUCGUGAAACGGUUUCAGUUUUUAAAGAAUUUAAUAUCAAACGACAUUAUGAAACAAAACAUGAAGCAAAAUUCGGCAAUUUAAAAGGAGAAUUACGUGUUACUAAGUUAGAAGCAUUCAAAAAAGAUAUCCACACCCAAAAUGUUUCAAAUUUAUUUAACCUUUUCACUGCUAUGGACGCAUAUAUGCGUCCAACGUAG